AUGACGGAGAUGGACGGGAUCAUCCGCGAGCAUGAGGUGUACUUUGCGACGCUCGCGGAGCAGGCGGAGCGCUACGACGAAAUGGCAGAGCACAUGCGAGCGGUGAUUGCCCCAGGAGUGAAAGCCAAAACGGAGCUGCACUCUGAAAUUUCUUCGAAGGCUGCGCUUUUCGAGCAAGAGCUGGAUGCAGAGGAGCGGAACCUGCUCGCGGUGGCCUUCAAGCAAGCGGUGGGUCAGCGCCGAGUUGCUUGGCGCAUCGUUUGUGCAGCCGAGCAAGAGGAACAGGCCAAGGGCAACCACAUGACGACGGCCAGCGCUCGGGGCUACCGGAAGAAGAUCGAAGCGGAGCUCACCAGCCUGUGCCAGACCAUUUUGGCCUUACUGACCGACAAGUUGAUCCCGGGUGCCACGACAGCAGAGGCCAAGGUGUCCUACUACAAGGCACAAGGCGACUACUACCGGUACAUGGCUGAAAUCAGCGACGACAUGGACCGGACAAGAGCCACCACAGCAGCAAAAGCGGCUUACGAGGAUGGCACAAAGGUGGCUGAGACUUCACUGAAGGUGACCAGCCCCUUUCGCUUAGGCCGAGUGCAGACCGCGGGAAAGCAGGAAGAGUGCCGUGAAGUGAAACAGUGUGCACCGACGUUGCAGGGGAUGGAAGAAAGAGGUCAGAGGACAGAGACAAUAGAGUUGGAGGGCUCCGCUGUCCGCGUCUUUGUGAACUUGGAUGUCACAUCUCCUGGCCCCCUCAAAUCCUUCCUUCGUAAGGUGGGAUCGGUGGCGUUGGUGGCUGUCUUCGCUGUGCGGCGCCGAACCCGCCUGGAGGAAGGGAAGCCUUUCUCCCGGCGGGCACCUGGCGCGUCGCUGGCCGAUCUUCGAGGCGGGAGAAUGCAGCGCGGCGGCCGCAGUGGCUGCUUCCAGUUUCAGACGGAGACGACCUCCGAGGUCGCCGCCGACGCCCUCCUGACGCUCCUUUACUCCAAGCACGCCGGCCCGAGGAACUAUUUGAUUUCUUCGGCGACAGAACGAGAGAGGCAGCAGUGCUUCCGGGAGCUGCUUUGCCUCGACGAAUCCAAGAAGACGAUCUGGCUCUCUGGCACCGACUUUGAGCCCCAGAAGCUCUACAAAGUCAUGAACGCUCCAACGGAGGCUGUCCGAAUCGGGCGCAAGGCUUUCGAGGACGCAGUGCGCGAGAUCGACAACCUUGGCGAAGACGGCGCCAAGGAGUCUGCGCUGGUGAUGCAGCUUCUGCGUGACAACAUCACCCUUUGGACCGCUGCAGUCGCUGCAGACCUCGGAUCCGAGUGGCUGAUGCUUCCGGCUCCGGCGGCGAAUUCAGAGCAGCGAGCAAAAGUGCUCAAGAGACGCCAGGGCCAGGGCGGGCGGACCCCGUACAGGGCCUCGGUAGCUGACAUGGCUCGGGCCGCCGGGCGGAAGGCCGGGGCUGGCCAGUGGAAAGUCAAGGAGGAGGCAGCUUGGGGUUGGGGCCCCGGUUGGGGCCCCGGCCCCAAGGACGGCCCGGAGAACCCUCAGCGGCAGCGUGUGCAGGAGGAUCGAUGUGUGGGCCUCAUCACCGAAUGGCGUGGCUACAUGGGUUGGAUCGCGCCGAUCGCACCUUUUUCCAUUGACCACGAUCAGGCCUCCAAGCACUGGGGUUUGAUCUACGUCACCAAGCAAGACCUGCAAGCGGUCUUGCCUGGCGGCCACCCAUGGAUGCGGGCAGGGCGUGUCGUCGACUUUCUCGUCUACUCAGAUGGGGAUGGCCUGGGCGCAGAGGAUGUGCGGGCACUUUCUCCGCUGCGGGUGACGCUGACCCACGCCGAGGCCCGGGCGCUCUUGAAGGGCCGGCCAGAGCGGUCAGAGUACCUCACAGACUCCGAGCAGUACCCGAAUUUGAUGCGGGACUUAGGUGUCCUGGUGAGAAAAUACUCCUGGCCUCUGCCCUUCGUUACCCUGGAGCUCUGGGGGCACGUGGAGGAUGUGGCAGCAGCGGCUCUGGAGUACUGCAGUUCCGCAGGUGGGGCAGAGCACCGGCGGCUGCAACUCCUGCUGCCCGAGGACAAGAUUGCUCAGGUGGAGGAUUUGCCCGGGAACCCGAAGGUCUCCACCCACGCAGUGGUGCAGACGCCGGUGCCCUGCAGGAGCCUGGUGAUGGAGUCCUCUGCGGAGGACUGUCGCAAGGCCGUGGUGGCCUUCUUGCGUGCCAUGGAGGGAAGGCCCUAG